GGUAAGGGGGUAGUUUUUACAUUUUUUCUUUUAAAUAGUGUAGUUUAAGUUUGUUUAAAAUUUUGAUAAGAACACAAAACUUGAAUCUUCUUAAUAGGUUACAAUAUAAAUAGUUUUCUAAUAAACGUUCUAUGCAGUGGUGGCUAACGGCGGAAAUUUUAAAGAAUAUAAUGACAAACCAACAGGAUUUAAUGAUAUCACUGAAUGGAGAUUGUUUAGAUUACAUUUUUAAAAUGUUACCCAUAGGCGAUCGCAUUAAUAUGAUUAUUUCAUAUCCAAAUUUUUAUGAUAUUUUUCAAAAACGUUUAAAAAUCGAGUAUAAAACAAAUUUAAAUACAAAAUUUUUUAAUACUUUACAGAUCUUUCAACUGCAAGUAUUGCUUUCAAUUAUAGGAUCGUAUAUAAAACAUUUGAAAAUAGAAUUUCCCUUCGAAGAACAAAGUUAUUUAAGAGAAUUUAUAUAUUUUAAAUUUUUAUUUACCUAUUGCAUUAAUGUUGAGUCUUUGAAAUAUUUUGGCUGGAGUGUAAACGAUGAGUCCAUGAAAUAUCUAAAAUCGUUGAGAAAUUUAAAGUCAUUAGCGAUCAUCAAUAAUUCCGAGAUAACUGGUAAUUAUAUAUACGAGCUCAAAGGUCUUCAAGAAUUAUCUCUUAAUAAUUGCACCCACAUAGAGUCAUGGUAUUUUGAGAAAAUUUUUCAAAAUCUUAAAAGUUUACAAUUACUCGAUAUACGUAACUGCAAUAACUUAUCUAGUCAAAAUUUUCAAACAUUAUUUGAAAAUCUUAAACAUCUACACACUCUUAAAAUAUCUACAACUAAAGAGAAUAUCAAUUGUCUGGCACAACUGCCCCAGUUGAAGCAGUUGGAAUUAUGGAGGGAUAAUAUAAUUAGUCCACCUAUAACGAAAGAAUUUCUUUUUAAUUUAGCUCAAUAUCAAGCUAAACAAUUGGACUCUCUUAAAUUGAUAGAUUGUUCAUCAUUUCAUGAGGAA